UAUUAGGAAGGACAAGAGCUUGAGAGAAUCAGCCCAUUUUUCCAACGAAGGCAGAAUGGAAGUGGUUGAAAAGCCUGCCUUGGGUGGAAUGGAAAAGGCAUUUUGUAAUAAUGUUCUGAGGCGGAUUGUUGAUUUCUUUGCGGGGAGGUUGAUAAUUGACUAUUUCGGGAAUGCUCCACGAACAGUAAAACAAGGACGGGAACGGAAAAGGAUUUGCAGGAGAUCGGGUGACACAGUUUGGGGGGCAUGGGGCAUUCUUCCUGUUGAACUUUUGGUUUCAAUAUUGUUAAAGUUAAGUAUCAUGGACUACCUGUCAUUUAGUGGUGUUUGUAAAUCUUGGAGGUCUGCAUCUAUUGAUUUCCGCAAAUAUUGUAUGGAGCACCAGCAACCCCUAAUUGUUGUUCGGCCAAAGUAUUCAAAAAAGUCUUGUGUAUUGUACAAUAUGUUCGAUAUGAAAAGUUACAAAACAAUGCUGCCAGAUUUGCCUUGCAAGAAAUUAAUGGGUUUGUCAUGUGGGUACCUGAUUACAAUUGACAGAAACCUAGGCUUUUGGCUCGUAAAUUUAAUGACAAAACAUGAGCUGCGUUUUCCCUUCCUUCGUGAUAUGGGUGACAGAAAUUGGUUUGAAUUUUCUGCUCGCCUCUUUCGGUCCACUCGGCUUUCAGAAACUUUCAUGGUUCUUUUCUCUCGGACAAAAAAUUAUAUUUGGUUAUCCAAAUGUGGCAGCAGCAGUUGGCAGAGAUAUGCUUUAUUCGACACAAAAGCCAGGAUUGCAGAUGUGAAGAUUUUUUAUGGGAAAAUCUUUGUUUUGACUUCAGAUGUACGUUUUGGAGAAUUUAAUCCGAAGGCAGGUUCUGUUCCGAAGUUCUCCAAAAUCAGAAUCCCUUUCCAGGUUUCAUCUAAUAUGUAUUUGAAGUUGGUAGCGUCAGACAAUAAGCUAUACAUGACUGUAUUGAAUAGUCAUCUAUAUCCUGCAUUGGAACGAUAUCUUUCAUUAUUCGAAAUUGACCAUGAGACAAUGGAUAGAGCAAAACAGAUUCAUGACUUGGGUGCAAAAUCUUUAUUUCUUAGUUCGUACAGUUCCGCUGUCGUCAAUACAACUGGUUGGGGAGCAGGUAACUGUGUCUGUCUUCUUCACUUUAAAGAUUUGAAUAAAUGUUCUUUCUUUAACCUGAAUGGAAAUCGGCUAGGAACAACUCCUGUUGUUUGGGAUGGUCAUUUAUUGCCAUAUUUUUGGUAUUUUCCUAGUGAAAUUUGGUCAAUUAGUUGUGUCAGUGAUGAGUUUGGCGCAUGAUCACUUCUAAAUCUCAUUCAGUUUUUUUCAUUAAGUCUGUAGUUUUUAUCUUCAUCUUACAUUAUGGAACUGUAAUGUUUGCCUUAGAGGCCCCAGACAAAACUCAAAUGUCAUUCUUUGUAUUUCUUAUUGGCACCAUGUCUUUUCGUGUAUAAUACAGAUUCAUAAGGAAAAAUUUCCCAAUUUGAAGCUGUAGUUUAAUAUAGUUAUAUAUUUUUACUGAGCAAACUUUAAUUUAUAGAUGAUUACUUUAUUUCUGAAUUAUGGUAGUGACAAACAGAUAAGUUAAUUUUCAAGAAGGAGAUGCAGUUUCUUCCAUCUCUUUUUCCUGCUAGAUCUUUGCAUGUCCAACUCUUUUUCCAGCCGCUGUGUCAUCAAGUGCUGCUUACUUAA